CGCAUCGAGAUCUGAGCUCCGCCGAAUGUACGGCUAAUGGGACGGCGAUCACAGGGCUAGCUGGACAGAUGGGCACUGUCCCCUCUGCUUGUCACAAGAUGGCAUUGUGAAGGUCGGUGCGGAGAGUUUUUUCUUGCACAACUACCUGAGAACAUUUAAAUGUGCUGAACAGUCUUCAGAUCAUAGGAAUGGACUUGAAAUAUUUAGCACUGCUUGCUUUCUAUUAUGUUGUGGGAAGAAUUCAAGGUAGUGUAAUUGGCAAGUGUUCUCCAGAUAAAUAUGAAGCGGUCGUCAUUACUGAAGGGGAGCACGCCCGUAUAAAGUGUAACCUGUGCAAAGCCUCCACCCUACUUGCCAUGAGCUACUUUCAUACACACGGAUUUAACAUCACCUGGUUCAAAUAUAUACCUGAAGGUGGCCAGGAGAAGCUUUCAGAAGAAACAGCCAGAAUUACCUAUGAUGAAAUCUCAUUGGGAUUUUGGCCUGCAUUAUUGAAUGACACUGGGAAAUACUUUUGUUCCGUCUUCAAUGGAACUUAUAAUGUUAGUAGUGCAAGUACAUAUUUAAAUGUGCACAAGAUGGAAGGAUUGUGCGAUGAUCACUUUUAUAAAUACACCGGCAUUGUUGGAAGAUUUUUCUCAUUGCUUUGUCCAAACCUGGAAGAUUACAACAGCGAGAAAAAUAAUGUUACAUGGCUGAAGGACCGAGAGGACAAAGUUCACACAGGGAAUACAUAUACCAUUCAGAAAGUGGAGGAAACAAAUGCUGGAUGUUACUUGUGUGUGCUCACUCUAGAAAAUGGUGGAGUGCAAUAUAAUGUUUCAAGAACAGUGAAAUUGCACAUAGAGCAUAUUGAACCAUUUAUACCAAAAAUAGUUUAUCCUGGUAAAGAGGAAAAAAUUGAGGUUGAACUGGGAGAUAAGAGAGAAAUCGAAUGCAAAGCUGUUCUUGGCUACAAAGACAAUGACUGUAUGCUAUAUUGGACAUCUGAAUACGACUAUUUUGGGAUAGAUGCAAAUGAAACAGAUACGAGAUCAAUCACAGAAAACAAUCGAGUAUAUUUUAUAAACCAACUUGUGUUCAAAAGAAUCAAAGCAGAGCAUUUGAAUCAAGCUUUUAAUUGUUGUUUAUUAUGUCCAGAAACUAAAAUGGUUUGUAACGUCAUCCUGCUGGAAAAAGACAAGCAUGAUACUGGUCGAUUAUGCGUGCUACUGUUCACAACCUUGGCUCUUAUUAUCAUUGUAGCAGUGAUUUAUGUCAGAUUCAAGAUAUACUUUGCCCUUUGUAUCAGGGACUUCACCUGCAAGGAUGAAACUCUGCAAGAUAGUAAGGAAUAUGAUGCAUAUGUACUGCUUCUUAAGAGUAACGAGGCUCUCAUCUGCGCUGAGGGAGAAUAUUUUGCUUUGAAAUUGUUGCCUGCAAUUCUAGAACAAAAAUUUGGUUAUCGGUUGUGUAUUUUUGAACGUGAUGUUCUUCCUGGAGCAGCUUUUGCAGAUGAUAUAUUUUCCUACAUGAACAAAUCCAGGACAUUGAUUAUAAUCCUCUGUGCUGAACUAUUGGAAAAUGAGAGUUCCAUGUAUGGCCUGAUGUCAGGUCUUCAUCAGGUGUUAGUUGAGAGGUUAAUAAAGCCAAUUCUUAUCGAAUAUAAUCCAAUAAGAGACAUUACAUUUUUACCACAGUCUCUUCAACUUAUUCUGAAAUCAAACAGGACGGUGAAGUGGACAAAUGAAUCUCUAUUACAGAAUUCAUACUUCUGGAAAAAGAUAAGAUACCUUAUGCCAGCAAAGUGCAUUAAAAGAACUCAAUUCUACUGAAGUGGAAGAAGUUUUCACAUUAUCUUUGACACUGGAAUCUGAUGAUCGAGUAUUAUUACUGAUAUUGAUUCGGGGGAACUAUUAAGUCUAUGGCAAUAGAAUAAAUAGUUUUGGAGGUAGUUGAGAUCUUGAAAAUAAAUUACAAAAUGAUUGACUAAUCAAUAAUCCAAGCACAACUUAAUCUUUCGCCCCAGCUGUUACGAGGCAACUGAACCAUCCUAUCACCAACUACAGUGCGGUCCUGAUCUCCCAUCUACCUCAUUGUAUACCUUCGAACUAUCUUUAAUCAGACUUUACUGGACUUUAUCAUGCACUAAACAUUAUUCCCUUUAUCCUGUAUUUGUACCCUGUGGCUUGAUUGAAAUCAUGUACAAUUGGUGAGGAAAUUGACAGAGGGAAAACGGAGACUUUGCUUUAAGAGGCCUUAUUGCAUGAUAUCAUGGAGUGAUGGAGGCAGUUAACUGCUCACCAGUUCUCUGUCUUUGCAGCCGAAUUAGCCGACAGUUAUACAGUGCAGUAAACAACUUUUUUUGUUGGAUACAAUUAUACGAAAAUAU